AUGACUACAACAACAUCGGCUGCUGUAAUACAAAAACUUGAACGAAUAUUCACUCGCCUUGGAAUUCCGGAUAUUCUAACGACCGAUAACGCAGCGAACUUUUGUAGUCAAGAAUUCAAAGACUACUGUACGGACAACGGGAUUAAACUUGCGCACACCACUCCAUAUUGGCCUGCUGCAAAUGGAGAAGUGGAAAGACAAAAUCGAUCGAUUCUCAAGGCGUUGAAGAUUAAUCAAUUGAACGGAGGUGUUUCUCCAGCGGAACUUAUGUUCGGGAGACGAUUCAAGGAUAAAUUCCCGCACAUUGGCGAGUUCUCAAUAGUCAAGGACGAAAUUACAGAUAAAGAUUUAGCAACAAAACACCAAGCCAAACUAUAUCGCGAUAAAAAGUUCAAUGCAAAAGUCUCAGAUUUACAAAUUGGGGAUCAAGUUUUGAUGAAAAACCAACAUAAGAAUAAUAAGUUGGCGCCAAAUUUUUUACCGGAACCAGCUGUAGUGAUUGAUAGACAUGGCAGUAACGUGACUGUCCAGACUGAAGGAGGUGAUAUAUACCAUCGAAACACAUCGCACUUGAAGCCGUUAUCAGUUAACAUAGGACCAGACGGAACUGAGCAAUUGGCGAAAACUGUACAGACUCCUACCGCACUUACGGACUGCUUUGAGACGACUAACACUCCUGGUAAUCAUGGUACUGUACAGACUCCUACUGCACUUUCGGACUGCUUUGAGGCGACUAACACUCCUGGUAAUCAUGGUAGUGGUAUGCAAAAGCGUCCCAUACGAAAUGCUAAGGUUCCAGUUAGAUUUAAGAUCGCUCCGCCAUGUUUGAAUCUGGGCAGUUUUCUCGAUAAGUAUGUUGAUAUUACAGAAGGUGUGCAAUUCCCUCAGCUGCGUAUGUAG